CAUUAUUCAGUUUGCUUUGAUCGUCCAUCGGUGCUUGAUGUGUGUGCUUCGCUGUUGGAAUCUGUGAUAAGGAUUGGUGCGUGUUUUUAUUUUGUUGGAAUUUAAUGUUUCACCGCGAGUGAUUGCAUCAAAACUUUCGUUGUGCCAUGACUCAAUACACUAGCCGAUAGAGAACGACGAAUGAUUGCACAUUCCGUACCGGGUAGAGUGAGUGAACGAAUUAACGAAGUGACUCGCGAGACGGAAACGUUCCUGGGAAGAAUUCUCGUAAUCCUGGUGAAAAUAUUGAUUUAGUUUAUUAGCAGGCUCAGAAACAGUUUGUCUCGAAGCGACCGCGCUUAUCUGCAGUAAACCGAGGGUCAACGGAAUAAAUCAUUUCUGUGCUACAGUUUUUGGCUAAUCUCUUCGUCAUUAUUGUGGAUUUUAUUGAGAGGCUGUAAAACAUUGUUUGUACAAUCUUUUAACAGUGUGUCGUCCGUAACCGUGAAGUCGCGUGGAUUACUAUCGCGCCAGAAAAGAGUGUGACCGGGUUUCGGGACCGAGUGCCUCGCUGCGUUUCUACGCAAAGCAGAUUGGCGCACCGCAACAACGCCUAGGAUAGGAUGGCCGAGACGGCGGUGCCCAUGCUAGAGCUAACCGUCGAUGAGCAUGACGUGAUUCGCGGUGCCGAGCAAGUGCUAAAGGCUAUCAGACCGCACUGGCGUUGCGACAGCAUACGGUUCAAGCUCUUCACCGACGGAAUCACGAACAAACUGGUCGGAUGCUUCAAUCAGAACAAUAACCGCGGCGAUGAAGACGGUGACCUCGAGGGUGACGGCAGCGCAGGCGAUGUCGUGCUGGUGCGGGUCUAUGGGAACAAAACGGAUUUGCUAAUCGAUCGUAAGAAGGAAACGGAGAACAUUCAACUGUUGCACCGAUAUGGGUAUGCUCCGUCGCUGUAUGCCACGUUUCGGAAUGGACUUGCGUAUGAGUACGUGCCCGGCGUAACGCUGACACCGGAAAGCUGCCGGGAGGAACGCGUCUGGCGUCUGGUGGCUAAACGGAUGGCUCAGAUGCACAAGGUUGAACAGGCCGGUUCCGUUAGGCAUCCCAUGCUACCGGAUAAGCUCGAUCAGUUCCUUAAACUCAUACCGCAGACUUUUAGCGACCCGGUGAAACACAAAAGGAUAUCAAAGAUAUUUCCGAAUGUGACAGUGCUAAGACGUGACUUCGAUGAACUGUACGACAAACUGAACCAGCUAGCGAGUCCGGUGGUGUUUUGCCAUAACGAUUUACUGUUGGGGAAUGUGAUCUACAAUGCCGAGCGUGAUCGAGUCACGUUCAUCGACUACGAGUACGCUGCAUAUAACCAUCAGGCGUUCGAUAUUGGUAAUCAUUUUACGGAGUUUGCAGGAAUCGAUGAGAUUGAUUACGAUCGCUAUCCGAGGAAAGAAUUUCAGUUGCGAUGGUUAAGGGUCUAUUUGGACGAGUUCAUUGGACCUCAUUGUAACGAUAGUGAUGUCGAGCGAUUGUACGUGCAGGUGAAUCAGUUUGCGCUGGCGUCGCAUUAUUUGUGGACCGUUUGGGCGCUCAUCCAGGCGGAGCACUCGACGAUUGCGUUUGAUUUUAUACAGUUCGCUGAAAAUCGCUACCGGGAAUACCUACGCAGGCGAGACGAGUUUUUGGCGCUCACGUAUCAAAAUUGAAAACAUUCAUGCGGAUCGCUCUUUUCCUUCUCUCUCGUUUUUGGACUGUAACAUCCGUGAAUAAAUUCUGAACACCCCUAGAACAAUUGUCAUUCCACACCACUGAACCGGGACCCAAAGCUCAAUGCAUCACGGUCAAAAAUAGGUAGAAUGAGUUUUUAGAUGUUAACUCAUAAAAGCAAUAUACAUACACGUGUUUAGUUAGCUUAGCUAUUGUUUGUUUGAUAGUGUAGUCAUAAAAACCAGUUAUUUUUUAGUUCCCAAAAAAAUUUUCUUCGAUUUCGUAUGUUUUAUUUCGGAAUAAAUUGAACCAUACUAU